UGCCAUGCUGGGGACGCGGGACGGGUGGAGAGCCCUCCGCCGCUGCUUCUCUUCACUGCCGCGGGAGCAGCGGGUUCCGGCGGCUCGGCUGCGGGUCCGGGAGGCGUUGGGGGCCCGGGAAACAGCGGGCAAAGUGAAGGUGCAGGGCUGGGUCCGCUCCGUCCGAUCCCAGAAGGAGGUUUUGUUCCUGCAUGUAAAUGAUGGGAGCUCUCUGGAAAGCCUCCAGGUGGUUGCUGAUCCCAGUCUGGAGUGUAGAGACCUGACUUUUGGAAGUGCAGUGGAAGUGCAAGGGAAACUGGUCAAAAGCCCUCACAAGAUGCAAGAUAUGGAGCUGCAAGCUGAAGCCAUUCAUGUGGUGGGACCUUGUGAUACUUUGUCAUUCCCCUUCAAAAUAAAGGAGAGGCACCCACUGGAGUAUGUCCGACAGUUCCCACACUUGCGAUGCAGAAGCAAUGCACUUGGAGCCCUCCUGAGAAUCCGCAGUGAAGCCACGGCAGCAAUCCACUCAUUCUUCCAGGAUAAUGGCUAUGUGCAUAUUCAUACUCCCAUAAUUACAUCAAACGACUGUGAAGGUGCUGGGGAACUCUUUCAAAUUGGGACAUCACAGGAGGCAAAAGAAUCUGUGGAGAAGAACCACUUCUUUAAUGUGCCCACCUUCCUUACAGUUUCUGGCCAGCUCCAUUUGGAAGCGAUGGCAGGGGCCUUUACUCGUGUGUUCACCUUUGGCCCCACAUUUCGAGCUGAGAACUCACAGAGUCGCCGGCACCUGGCAGAGUUCUACAUGGUGGAGGCUGAGCUGUCCUUCACUGAAAGCCUCCAAGACAUCAUGCAGGUUAUGGAACAUCUUUUCAAGACAGCAACAAGCACUGUGUUCUCCAAAUGCCCUCGUGAUGUUGAGCUUUUUCAUAAAUAUGUAGCUCCUGCACAGAAGGGCAGGUUGGAACAAAUGCUGAAGAACAAAUUUGUAAUAAUUUCCUACAAUGAAGCAGUGGAAAUUUUGAAACAGGCUUCUCAAACUUUCACUUUUAAGCCAGAGUGGGGCUGUGACCUCCAAACAGAACAUGAGAAGUACCUGGUGAAGCACUGUGGUGAGGUUCCUGUAUUUGUUAUUAACUACCCCUACGACCUCAAACCUUUCUACAUGCGGGACAAUGAAGAUGGACCUCAACGUACAGUUGCAGCUGUUGAUCUUCUAGUACCAGGAAUAGGGGAGUUGUGUGGAGGCAGCUUGAGAGAGGAGCGACUUCCCUUCUUGGAAUCACGCUUACAGAGAUUAGGACUCACAGAUGCCUACCAAUGUUCUUGAGGGGGACGUUUCUUGGCCCAGCUGCAUGGCCAUCACUGCCAGUCUCAAUGGAACAGCCAGUUCACUUCAACAAAGUUAAUCUAAUGCUGCUUACUUUAUCUUCCCAAUUUGUCUGUGGACAGCACAGGUCAUUCCUUUCAGGAUUGCAUAAAGUGGAUUAAUUUACAACUCAUCAGUGAUACUAAGUCAUCAAAUUGUGUUCCAAAUUGAAUAGAUUCUGGCCACCAUCGCAUGAGAUAAACAGGUUGCAGAACCACAAGCAAUUUGUGACCUUUAACAGCUCUGUGAAUGACUCCCUUUGCAAUUGACAGAGCAACUGGGUUGAAAAAUCUUCCCUAACAAAGCUGUUGAAGCAAUUAAAACUGUCCUGCUAAGGAGACAGAACAACCUUUGAAUUAACGAUUUAGCCCAUUAAAAUGACAAGAUUUUAGUGCUCCUCUUGACAAGUGUUUCUUGGUAUGUGCUUUGUCAAAGCUACUGAGAGGUUGGUAGUGUGGAGAAUUUUAAAUUUAGAAGAGUGUAUUCAAAUGCUCUUUAGUAUUUGGAUUGGCCAUUAGGGAGACUGCCUUGAAGAAUGUAGUACAGGAUUCUUACACUCUCCCCUGAGUAUGAACUCACUUUGAAACAGGCCAGUGCCUGGCAGUUCUUUAUAUCAUCCAUUUGCAAACAAGGUGAAUGAAAUGUUUUCCUUUAUUAUUUGCAUUUAUGGGUCAGAAUGCACUGUAUCACUUCAUCUAACCCAAAGCAGAGGGUCAGAAUUUCUUUCUGUGAUUUCUCUGAGCCUGUAGCUUCUGUUUAUAGGAAAUAUUUUUAGAAAGGCAUACAGGUUAACUGUCUGUGUUCCCAGGUAAAGCUGCUGGUAGAAAGCUGUUAACAUGCCCAGUGUAUCUUAUAGACCAAGCAGCCUGUGUAAGGGAGUAGCAGUCGAGUUGAACCUUUUUAGCCUACUCUGUUUCUUAGCUGUCCCUUUGAAGCUUAUGUGGAAUACUCAGAAGAAUCCCAGGGCCCAUUGUGGUACUUGUGAUGGUUGUUUUUACUCCUAACUCUGACUAGCACCUGAUAUCCUAGAUGAGCAUAGUCAGCAACCCUUACACACAUAGAUAAUUAAAUAUUGGGUCUUCUGGAGAGGAAAGCGUGACCAAGGCUGCUCAGGUGUAUGGUUAGAUGUUGAGAUAAAGCCUUAGGAAGUCUGAUGCUCAGUAGCAGGGAGCCUUUCAGCAUUGCUAAAAUAGCUCAGCCCUGCCUUAUGCCCCCCAUGAGAAACACUGCCCAUCACCCAUUUCCAGUUUCAUGUCAUAUGUAGCUGUCCUGUAAUCUCAUUUGGGAGACUCUCUUCUCCCCUUUUUCCUCCAUUCCACUGAAGUGAUGCAGCUUCCCAUAGGAGACUGAAACUGUUUUUGCCCCUUGCACAGUUUGAUGUGCUGGGAAGCUGCAGGAUUAGAAUAUCCCAGGUAACUUCUGGAAUCCAGUCCAGAUUCUGCCAGUGAAGAGGUAGUUAUGUUGCCAGCAUCCUUCUCAGAGGAGGUGGCAGGAGAGACUGAAAUUAAUCUCCUCCAUUUUAAUGAACGAAUUUAGUCUCCAAAGCUGGCACACAAACUCUUUGGAGAACAGCUGAGUCAUUUCUUUUGAAGUAUAUUUGCUAACUUUUGAAUGGACAGCUAUAUGAGAUGUCCCUUUGGAAAUCCCUUAGAUAAUGCCCUAUCUCCACUUCUGAUUGUUUUCUUCUGUGUUUUGGGACACACUGUUUCUUCAGUAGCUUGAAGAGUUCCUUACUUGUGGAGGAGUCAUGGAUCAAAGAGGCAACCAACAAUCUGUAGAUAAAGGAAUAUGGCCAACCUCCUCUCAGUCUUCUUCAGUUCAAUACAGCUUUCCUGUUGUGCAGGUUCCUUUCCAUAAAUAGUAAGAGGUGGGGAAGUACUUGGCUUGACUUUGGAGUAAUUUUAUCUUAUUUUCACACUCCUUCCUUUGAACUGUAGACAGAGCUCAGUGCUGUAGAUGCUGAUUUUGGCUAGACUGAGAGACAUCUAUGAAAUUGAGGUGGGAAGGUCAGGAGAUCAGAGUUUACUCUGGGAAGUCACUUGCUGCCUUUGUGCCUCUUUCCUGCUGUUCUCUGCCAGUGUAGGCUGUUAGCUCCAGAGGGCAGACUGUGAAUUCUGUGACCAUGGGGUACUGAAUAUAUUGUGUUAUAAAUGGACUGUAAAUCCAGCUCAUAUCAGUGGUUUCCACUGAACACUCUGAAUGCCUUCUUUUGUGGAUUACCAAAACAUUGUAGCCGAGCAGAAUUUGCAUGAUACCAAAGAUAGCAUUUUACCCAGCAUUAGAACCCAGAAUCAUGGAGUUGUUUGAGUUGGAAGGGACCUUUAAAGGUCAUCUAGUCCAACUCCCUGCAGAGAACAGGGGACACCUACAGCUCAGUCAUUUCCACAGAGCCUGUUACAGACUGAUCUUGUGUGUCUCCAAGGAUGGGGAUUCACCACAUCUCUGGACAAGCAGUUCCGGUGCCUCACUAGUGGUACUUGCAUGUUUAUUUCCUAAAACAUUCAAUAAAACUGAUCCUUCAUAUGCUAACCCAUUUCACUGCCAGUUUUUUGUUACCCAUAUUUUUUCCUUAGUAUAUUUCUUUUCUUCCAGUAAAAUAUUCAGCUCUGGGGAUGACAGUGUCUUUGUUCUCCCAGCCUUACUUUUUUCUGACUGGCAGCAGAGGCUUCAGUAUUACAAGAUGGUUAUAUGACAGAUCAAGAUUAUAUUUGUUUUGAAAGGAGACUAAAAAGCAUACGUUCUGUUUUACAAACGAUGACUGAGAAUGCACUGAUCUUCACAGUGCCUUGCUGUGCAUCACAGGAUUUGGUGAUGGUGACACAAGGAUAUAGGUUUUGAAAAGGAUGAAAGGAAAUGCUUUUCUAACUUGGCACGUAACAAGCUCAUGGAAUUCACUGCCAGGGGAUGUUGUUGCAGCACAUAUUUUAGUAAGAUUCAAAUCUCAGAACUACCAGUCCUCCAAGUCCAGAACAUGAACAAUGAAGAUAGCAGGGGUCAUGGAAACUUACUUCCCCCAUUGGAAUAACGUUGCACAUUCCCUCAGUUGCCAAUGGAAGUCUCAGCCGUCCUCUGAAGCACAAGCUGCUGGGAGAAAUAGCUAGACUAGUUUGAGAGUGUUUUCUGAGGUGAGAAACAUACAAUGUGUGGAGAUUAUUGAAUGAAGGAAACCUCAGGAAACAUUUUCCAGCUUAAAGGGAUUUUUCUGUUAAUCUGCAGGAAGUUAUUUUUUCUUUCAUCUGAGAAGAAUGGAAAAUUUCUCAAUUCCUUCACUUUUUCUAAGUGCAGACAUCAGGAAGGAUUCACAGGCUUGAUCCUCAGCACGUUUAAUUCAAUGGACUUUUUCUAUUAACUUUAAUGGGCUUUGUUUUGGUUCUUUUGCCAGAAUGGCUUCUCAGAGUGCUCUGAGAUCCAUAGAUGAAAGCCUUGGAUAAGCAAGGGUAGAAUUUAUUAUUAUUGUCCAUCUGGAAGGAGCAGAGUUAUUUAAUCUUUAUGAUGACUUUAUAAACUGCAUUGCCACCAAAGAGGAAUGAAAGUGCUAGGCAGAGUCUGACUGACGUCACCUGCAAUAUCUGGGCUGUUAUUUCAACUCCCAGUUGCUGCUAGAGUUGCCACCAGCUGGUUUGCCAAUUCUUCUCAGAACUGCUGAGUCGGUGCAGGUUAACCUGCCACGGGCAGCACCCAUAUCACCCACAUCCCUCAGAUUUAAGAGGCCCUUUAUAUUUUACAAGUCACCACCCUCAGCAUUAGAUUUGCUCAUCAUCUUCUUCGCAAAGCUGCUAAGCAGGGUUUUCUGGAGGCAGUUCCCAGUAUGUAAGUGGAAACUCAGUGCUAGGAAGAGGUAAGAAGUUCUGCUUUUGAUUUUACUUGUUAGGCAGUGGAGUGGAGGAAGAAAAUCUCUUGAGGAAAAACAAAAAAAAAAGAAGAAGAAAAAACCCCAAAACAUUGUACUGCUUGUAAUAAGUGGCUUCCCAAAUUUCAACUCUUGUUAAUGAACCACAAGAAAAAAAGUGGUAUGGUACAAAAGGUAUCCUGUCAAACUGUGUGAACAAGUGUAUAGUUCAAGAUGUGUGUUUAUAUGCAUUGAUAUCUAUAUGCUUUCACAUAUAUAUUUCAGCAUAAUUUUGUAUUUGUAUCAAGGUUUAGUUGCUUUUUUUGUAAACUGGGCUGAUGAAACACUCAUACAUGGGGAUGAGAAGCAUGUAGUGUAUGUGCAGUCACACAGACCCUUUGUAGUGCAUUCAUACAUCACAACUUUGUGGUCUCAGGAGGCUCAGAAGUGGCCCCAUGAAAGAGCAGACCCACUGAGCUGAUUUUCACUCCUGUUAAAACAUAACUGUUGGUGACAGUUUAUAUCUGUAAACACAGUUCUUGCAUAUCGUGUCACAUGAAAUCAGGAGGGGAGAGGGGGAGCUGAGCCAUCUGAAUGUUGUUGACACCCACAUAGUUGGAAUAGCUGCUCCAAACUAGGCAGCUGGCUUUUCUGUACACAACAGGUACCAUUCUCCAAACUGCGAUGUCUUGUUGCAGAUCUCAUUUUUGGAGAAGAAAUGUACAGGAUUUUUUUGCUGACUUGCUGUGGGAAUGAAUAAAUCAGUCUGUGAAAAUGAUUCGGGGGGGCUGGGAAGGGGGGAAAAGGUGACCAAAAAGCCAUUAUAAUUACCCUAAGAGAAAAAUAACACUCAGGAGGAAUCUUCAGCAGACAAGAAGAUGUAUUUGAGCCAAGAAAUUGACUUCUUAAGGAAUUACUGGAAAUGAAAUGACUCGGCCUAUUGAAAAGAUGACUGGACAGAAGAUGAAAAUUUAUUGUAGGGCAGAUUUCAGCCUGGCAAGAGCUGAACAAACCCAAGCAGGGGACUCUACAGUGGGAAUGUUUUGUGUUGCUGUAGGAACCUGGGCUUGUGCUUCUAUUAGGGAUAUAUUUAAAAACUUUGGUGCUCUCAGUGCAUGUAGAGCUAUUGAUGUUAAAGUUGUACUUUGUACCCAAAUGAGUUCUUGCUCCUAAACAAAGCAGGCUGUAGCAUAUAGGCAAGGCACAGCUCUGCUGGUUUACAUUUGCACCUGGGGCUUCUUGCUAAUACAGUUCUGCCUGUCAGGGAGCCCCACCGCUUCGUGCCCCUCUUCAAUGCUGGCUGUGUUGGCAGGAAUCCACCGUGGUUAGGGUCAAAGGGAUGUAAUUAAGAUGGAAAGCGAAACGCCAGAUAAAAAGCUCUAAUUACAUCAGCAUAAAUGUGCUGCAAAUGUAACUGUCUGUUUAAA